GUACAAAGAUCAUUCCUAGGAGCAGGGAGUCCUCACAACCUCCCCAUGUCAUGUGUGUGUCUGGGGGAGAGGCGGCUUCUCUAUGAGGGUGUGAUCACACUGGAGAGAUAGAUACUCUCUGAGUAAAACCUGCUAAUCUCCUCACAGCCUCUCACUACCCUGCACUGCACUCACUAUUCACACUCUGCUGAAGUUUCACUUCCUGGCUCUGCUGCUUUUUUCUUACAUUUAUACUUUUAUUCACCGCCCCCUUCUUUCUGACUGUUUUUCUCUUUCUUUUGUUUUGUUGCCACAUCCUGUCUGCAAAGAGAGAGAAGACAGAAGAAAGAGAGAGAAAGAGAAGGCAGGAGAGAGAGAUCAGGAGUGCUGAGCAUGCAGAUUGUUGGGACAAUGCCUGACGAUAAUCUGAGCACACAGCAGGCAUGAAAUUUUGAGUUAACGUUCUGAAAAGGGAUUUUCUUACAGUAUACUGGGGCCUUUCACUCAAGUCAACUGGCCUCAUGUGAAAAAGGCCUUCACCCCAAAUUAUAAUUGGUACUUGGUGGAAGAAGUGGCCCAGCUUCAGAAGAAGGUUGUACUCUUACCUUGAUUAGCAUUAUCUAGAGGACUGCCAUCACAAGCACUCUUCUACAGACACUUUGUAGAGAUAUUGCACCUCCAAGACAGGAAAAAAAGCAGAGAAAUGUACUCAACAGAACAUGGGCAGCAAAAAAUAACUAGACAGGGCUGUCGCAGAGCCAGAAUGAGCGAGGAGAAUAAGGAGUGGGCAAUCCUGAGCCCAGAGGAGUUCACCCAGCUGCAGAAGUACAUUGAUUAUAGUACCAAAAAGGUUCAAGAUGUUCUGCAGGAGUUUUAUGGAGAUGGACCCCACCUGUCUGAAGAGUCAAUAGAUUAUGAGGGAUUUCAGCGCUUCUUGAGAACCUACCUGGAUGCAGAAGACAUUUCUCCUGAUAUCUGCAAACGCCUCUUCAUGUCAUUUCAGGCCGCACCCAAUGUGACAGAAGAUCAGACAGAUGGUGCAAAGGAGAUUGGCCGAAUUAGUCUACAUGAUGUAUCCUGCUACUUUUCCUUACUGGAAGGGGGAACUGCUGAGGACAAACUGGAGUUUACUUUUAAACUAUAUGAUAAAGACAGCAAUGGACUUCUGGACAGUUCUGAGGUAGAUCGAAUCAUAACCCAAAUGAUGAGAGUUGCUGAAUACUUGGACUGGGAUAUUACUGAGCUUAAACCGAUGUUGGAAGAGAUGAUGAGACAGGUGGAUUAUGAUGGCAAUGGAACUGUGUCCUAUGAGGAAUGGCUUAAAGGAGGGCUCACAACAGUGCCCCUACUGGUGCUGCUUGGAAUGGAAGCUAAUAUUAAAGACGAUGGUCAACAUUUGUGGCGUCUCAAACAUUUUAACCGGCCUGUGUACUGUAAUGUGUGUGAAGCAUUGCUGUUUGGUGUCAGGAAACAAGGCCUGUGCUGCACAUUCUGUAAGUUUACUGUGCAUGAACGUUGUGCUCGCAAAGCACCAAGUAACUGCAUCAGCACCUACGCCAAGUCCCGUAAAGAUGCAAGUGGGCAGACUCACAUGUGGGUUAAAGGUGGAUGUGAGGCCAACAAGUGCGACCGAUGUCAGAAAAAGAUAAAGAGUUUCCAGAGUCUUACUGGCCAACGCUGUGUCUGGUGUCAUGUGAAGGUUCAUGAUGAAUGUGUUUCCUUAGUAUCUCUAAAGUGUGAUGGUGGCACCCUGCGAGACCAUAUACUGCCUCCUUCCUCCAUUUAUCCAGUAAUUCUGGAACGACAAAACAGUCAGAAGAACCUUAUAGCUUCCCCAGAGGAAACAUCCCAGAUAUUCAGCACUGCAGAAGGACAAGCACUUAGAAUCGCCCCAAUACUAGAUACACACCCACUACUUAUCUUUGUCAACCCAAAAAGUGGAGGAAAGCAGGGUGAAAGAGUGCUUCGCAAGUUCCAGUAUCUGUUGAACCCCCGUCAAGUUUAUAACCUAGUGAAGUGUGGCCCAUCACCUGGGCUCAACUUUUUCCGGGAUGUUCCCAGCUAUAGGAUUUUGGUGUGUGGUGGGGAUGGCACAGUCGGCUGGAUUUUGGAUGCCAUUGAUAAAGCCAAUCUUCCCCAAAGGCCUCCUGUAGCUGUCUUGCCUCUGGGUACUGGGAACGACCUAGCGCGCUGUCUAAGAUGGGGAGGAGGGUAUGAUGGAGAAAAUCUAGUUAAAGUGCUAAAGGACAUUGAAAGUAGCACAAUUCUUUUAAUGGACCGAUGGAAUAUUGAAGUCAUACCUGAGAACCCCGAUGAAAAAGGAGAUCCUGUCCCAUAUGAAAUCAUCAAUAACUACUUUUCCAUUGGAGUGGAUGCCUCCAUUGCACAUCGUUUCCACAAUAUGAGGGAGAAAUAUCCUGAGAAGUUUAACAGCAGGAUGAAGAAUAAACUCUGGUAUUUUGAGUUUGCAACAUCAGAAACAGUUUUCUCUACAUGUAAGAAGUUGAAGGAUUAUGUAACAAUAGAGUGCUGUGGCUCCCCUUUGGAUCUCAGUUCUGUGUCUUUAGAAGGCAUUGCUGUCAUUAACAUUCCAAGCAUGCAUGGUGGCUCCAACCUGUGGGGAGAGACAAGGAAACCUUUGGGAGAAGCUCGAAACGCUUCAUGUCAGAACUUACCAGAGGCCAUCACUGAUCCUGAAGCCUUAAAGUCAUGUGUUCAAGACCUCAGUGAUAAGAGGCUAGAAGUGGUGGGGCUUGAGGGGGCCAUGGAGAUGGGACAAAUUUACACUGGACUAAAAAGUGCAAGAAAACGACUGGCCAAAUGCUCAGACCUUACUAUUCGAACCACAAAGCCACUUCCAAUGCAGAUUGAUGGGGAACCCUGGAUGCAGCCUCCCUGCACGAUUAAAAUCACACACAAGAAUCAGGCUCCAAUGAUGCUGGCACCCCCACCACGCUCUUCAAGCUUUUUUUCUCUUAAAUAAUAUCUAGGGUGGACAUUCCUUAUCGUGAUGACGAUGACUCCUUCUGCCAUCAGAAGUCAAUGGACUAUCAGCAUAACCCCAUCCCUUCCUAUUACUCUUGCUCUAACUGUGCUGCUGUCUCAGCCCAUAUACAGAAAACCCCAUUGCCAUCUGCAGUGCUUUACAGUAGUUUGGGUAACAGCUGGGCUGUCACUUAUUUUAGAACACGUGUCCAAUAUAUAAGCAGAGUGCCAGUUUCCUGUUCUACGAAAGCCUUAUAUGCGGUCAUAUAAUAAUGACAAUAGAAUAUAUGUUAUCCUUAGAGACCUGUAAAAUAUUCUCUCUGCACACGUAUGCUUUGCUCUUAAAACCUGUUGUACAGAUAAUCGUGUUACUAUAGCGCCUAUAGUAAAUAGAAGAGUAUAUUUUCCAUAUUUUAUUUCAUUUUGUGCCACUUCCGCCGCCAAAAAAGUCCUUUUGGUUUGUAAUUCUUAUGUUUACAGAAUCCAGUAUCUUUAGACUAUUGUUAGAAAAGAUGACUGGAUUAGCACAAAAAACUUGUCUAUACAGAGAAUGCUCAGAAUAUGACAGACUGACCCCCUUUCACUUUUGAAGCGAAGAUGUAAUCUGAGGCUCCCAAGUCAUGCUUGUGUUGGAGAGGAGGAGGAGUGGUGGGGGGGGGGACUGCCCACAUCUGUACAGGAUGGUACACAAGUUGCUUUGCCCUAUGUUCCAUAGGUGCAGUAUGCAGUACAACAGCUCAUGCAGAACAAGACUCAUGAUCUUCUUUUGCAGUUAACAUGGGUACGAACCACAUGGGAGAUCGGAUCACACUGCACUGUUUUUAUUUAUGUAUUUUGUCUAUUUUUUUUUAACUUAUGAAGCAUAAAUUGGGAAUGAUUAUAAACCAUGGCUGAGAUUACUCUGAUUUAGGGUCUAAUUUAAAAUAAAUGAAUAAAAUCUUUGUGGUUAUUAGACAGUGCUUCACAAGGGAAUCUCCAAAA